GGCGGGCGGGCGGGACUGAGAGGGGUGUGCAGGUGAGCCAACGGCUCCGGGUCGCAGACAUGGCCGAGGCGAGGAAGCGGCGGGAGCUGCUUCCCCUGAUCUACCGACAUCUGCGGCAGGCAGGCUAUGUGCGCGCGGCGCGGGAAGUGAAAGAGCAGAGCGGCCAGAAAUUUUUCCUGGCUCAGUCUGUAACCCUUCUGGACAUCUAUACGCACUGGCAACAAACCUCGGAGAUUGGCCGGAAGCGGAAGGCAGAAGAAGAUGCCGCACUGCAGGCCAAGAAGACCCGUGUGUCAGACCCCAUUAGCAGCUCGGAGAGCUCAGAAGAGGACGAGGAGGAGGCAGACACCGAAACUGCCAAAGCCACCCCAGGACUAGCAUCUACCAAUUCCUCAGUCAUGGGGGUAGCUUUGCCUUCAAGCAUGAAAGAGAAAGCUCAGGCAAAGACCAUGAAGGUCAGCACGGUGGCGAACUCUGCACCAUGUUCUGCCUCUGGGAAGGCCGUGGCCCACCUCCUCUCUGGGAAGUCGCCCAGGAAGUCAGCAGGGCCCUUGGCAAAUACCGUCCCGGUGUCACGAACCGAAGAAGAGGGCAGUGUCCCGGCCCUGGGAGCUGCUGCCAAGUCUGGAAUGGUGUCAGCAGGCCAGGCGGUCAGCUCCAGUGAGGACACCUCCAGCUCCAGCGAUGAGACAUAUGUGGAGGUGAAGCCUUCAGUAAAACCACCCCAGGUCAAAGCCUCAGCAGCCCCUGCCAAGGAGUCUCCAGGGAGAAGGGCAGCCCCAACCCCUGGGAAGGCAGGGCACGUGGCACCCCCAGUCAGAAGAGGUGCCCUGCCCCUCGCUGGCAGGGCCAAGAAGCCAGAAGAAGACUCAGAGAGCAGCAAGGAGUCUGAGAGUGAAGAGGAUACCCUUGCUGGGAUACCCAGCCAAGCAAAGGUGUCGGAGAAAAUUGUCCAGGUCAGAGCUGUGUCAAGUCCUGUAAAGGGAACCUCUGGGAAAGGGGCUGCUCCAGCAUCCCCUGAGAAGGCAGGGCCUGCAGCUUCCCCGGCCAAGACAGGGAGGCCCCAGGAGGCCACAGAGAGCAGCAGCAGCAGCAGCGAGGAGUCAGACAGUGAGCAGGAGACACCCACUGCCAGUACCCUGCGUCAGGGGAAGCCCCUAGGGAAGACCCCCCAGGUCAGAGUUGCCUCAGCCACUGCCAAGGACUCCCCUAGGAAGGGGGCCCCUCCAGCACCCCCCAGCAAGACAGGGCCUGCAGCUGCCUGGGCCAAAGCGGGGAAGCAGGAGGAAGAGUCGGAGAGCAGUGGCGAGGAGGAGUCAGACAGCGAUGGAAAGGCUCCAGCAGCUAUGCCCCUAACUGCAGGACUGGCUCAGGCCAGAGCUGCCUCAGCUGCGGGGCCCUCAGGGAAGGGCACUGCCCCAGCACCCUCUGGAAAGACGGGACCCACAGCCACCCAGGCAGGGAAGCAGGCAGAAACCUCGGAGAGCAGCAGUGAGGAGGAGUCAGACAGUGAGGUCAAGGCACCAACAGCUGUGGCCCAGGCCCAGGCAAAGUCCUCAGGAAAAAUCCCCCAGGUCAGAUCUGCCUCAGGCCCUUCCAAUGGGCUCCCUCAGAAGACUGGGCCAGCAGCCAUCCAGAUCAAGGCAGAAAGAUCCGGGGAAGACUCGGAGAGCAGUGAAGAGUCUGACAGUGAGGAGGAGGCUACGACUGCCGUGACUCCGGCCCAGGCAAAACCAGCUAUGAAAACUCCUCAGACCAAGGCCUCUCCCAGGAAGGGUGUCCCUGCUACCCCUGCAUCUGCCAAGGUCCCCCCAGCGCGAGUGGGCACGCCAGCCUUCUGGAAAGCAGAAACAGCAGCUUCGCCAGCCUGCACAUCACCCCCAGCUACAGCCAGGAGUGCCCAGAGGCCAGAGGUGGACUCUUCAAGCAGUGAGGAAUCAGAGAGCGAGGAGACGGCUCCUACCACAGCAGUGGGACAGGCAAAGUCUGUGGAGAAGAGCUUCCCGGUGAAAGCUGCCUCGGCGCCCAUGAAAGGGUCCUCAGGGCAAGGGACUGCUCCAGUACUCCCCAGGAAGGCAGGGCCUGCAGCGGCCCGGGGCAAAGCCAAGGCGCACGGAGACUCAGAGAGCAGUGAGGAGGAGCCAGACCUUGAGGAGGUGGCCGCUUCUCCAGCACAGGCGAGGAAGCCCUCGAUGAAAACCCCUCAGACCAAAGCCAACCCAGCUUCCACCAGUGCAGCUCUGGCCAAAGGGGCAGCGUCGGCUCCCGGAAAAGUGGUCACUGCAACUUCUCAGGGCAAACAGUGGUCCCCAGCCAAGGCAAAGCCCUCAGGGAAGAUCCCCCAGAUCAGAGCUGCCUCAGCCCCCACCAAGGGGUUCCCCAAGAAAGGAUCUGCCACAGCUCCCCCUGGGAAGAAAGGACCGCCAGCCAAUCCGGCCGGGAAGCAAGAGGAGAACUCAAUGAGCAGCAGCAGCAGCGAGGAGUCAGACAGUGAGGGGGAGGCUCCCGUGACCGUGACGCCGGCCCAGAAGGAGGGUGACUCUAAAACUGCCAAAAGCAAGACCUUGACUCCUGCCCCACCAGAGAAGAAUGCAGAGGGAUCCUCGGAAAGCAGUGAUGAGGAGCUGCCGGCAAGCCAGGUGAUUAAACCCCCUCUGAUUUUUGUCGACCCUAAUCGUAGUCCAGCUGCCCCAGCUGCUACCCCCGCACAAACCCAGGCUGCGAGUGCCCCCAGGAAGGCCCGGGCCUCAGAGAGCACGGCCAGGAGCUCUUCCUCAGAGAGCGAGGAUGAGGACGUGAUCCCUGCUACGCAGUGCUCCACUCCCGCCAUCAGAACCCAUGUGGUGACUAUGCCCACGGCCCCCCCAAGGACAGCCCCCAGAGCCAGUGCUGUUGGGGCCAGCAGCAGUGCGGGGCCCGGUCGGGUGUCAGAAGUCAAGAAGCAGGAGGCGCCAGCCACCCAGGUAACAAAGAGGAACCCAGCUCACCUCCCACUGACCCAGGCUGCCCUGAAGGUCCUUGCCCAGAAAGCCAGUGAGGCCCAGCCUCCUGCUGCCAGGCCCUCAUCUUCAAGUGUGAUUGGCAGUGCUCUGGGAACACUCCCUGUGACAAGUCCCCGGAGCGCCCCUGCACAGGCCAAAGGGACCAACAAGCUCAAAAAACCUGCAGUUCCUCCAGUCCAGCAGGCCAUGACCACUCCCUCGGGGCGCCCCAAAGCCAGGGCCUCCGGGACCUCAGAUGACAGCAAGGACAGCAGCGGCAGCUCCUCUGGGAGUGAGGAGGAUGACAAGGGGCCCCAGGUGGCUCUGGCGGCCCUCAGGCUGGCAGGUCCUGCCCCCUCCGGGAGGGAGGCCCUGGUGGAGGAGACCACAGCAGAGUCCAGCGAGGACGAGGUGGUAGCGCCUUCUCAGUCUCUCCUCUCAGGUUAUGUAACCCCUGGGCAGACUCCAGCCAAUCCCCAGGCUUCAAAGGCCACCCCCAGGCCGGACCCCAGCACCUCAGCUUCUACCCUGGCCACCAAAGAAGCCCCAGAUGGCAAGCCAGAAGUGGAGCCCCAACAAGCAGCAGGCAGCAUGUCUCCUAAAACAUGCAGGAGAGAGGCUAGCUCCACGCCUCAGAAGCCCCGGAAGCCCAAGAAAAGGGCUGGGGGCCCCCAGGUGUCCACGCUGGCCCUGCAGAGUGACAUCACUCGGCGCCUCCUGAACGAGCCCUGGCCCCUGAGCGAGGCCCAGGUCCAGGCCUCGGUGGUGAAGGUUCUGGCAGAGUUGCUGGAGCAGGAAAGGAAGAAGGCUGUGGACGCCGCCAAGGAGAGCGGCAGAAGGGGCCGGGCAGGCCACAAACGGAAGCUGUCAGGAGACCAGACGGCUACCAAAGCGCCCAAGAGCAAGAAGAAGAAGCAGCUGGUGGCCGGGGAACACAGGGAGGGUGCUGUUUCCCCAGAAAAGGCCCCCAGGACUCCCAAGGGGAAAUCUAAGGGAGACAGAGCCAGUGGUGACAUCAAGGAGAAGGAGAAGCCUGAAGGGGAGCUGGGGAUGGAGAAGGUGGAGGGUGGAGACCAAGGUGACCCAAAGAGCAAGAAGGAGAAGAAGGCCGACAAGAAAAAAAAAGACAAGGAGAAAAAGGAAAAGAAGAAAGCCAAAAGGGUCUCAGCCAAAGAUCCUGACUCACCAUCCCAGAAGAAAAAGAAGAAAAAGAAGAAGAUAGCAGAACCAGCUCUCUGAGGGGCACAAGGCCAAAGAAAGAAGACAGCCAGCCACAGUGCAGUGCUGGCCGAGCCAGGAAGCCCUGCAGAGGCUGGUCCGUGGAGGAGGAUGUGCGCCCAGCUCCUGUGGCUCCACUCACUGACCCCGCGCUGACUCGGCCCCAGCAGACGCGUAACAUAGAUGUGUACAGUAUAUAUAUAUUUUUUUAAGUGACCUGCGCCUCCCCUCUCCAACCACCAUGCCCAGAGGCCUCAGGACUUCACGCCUCUACCCUGCAGACCCAGUGAGGCCCAGCCUGUGGGUCCUUCCAUACCCCUAGUCUCCAGCUGAUGCUGAGACUUUGUCCUCCUUUGAUCAGUUUUUCCCUGUUCUGUUGUGGGGUGGGGGGGCGGUGUUGGGUUUCUUGGUUUGUUUGUGGUUUUUUUGUAAGAACUCAGAAAAUAAAAAACUUAAAGGUACAA